UGCCGGGACAGUCCGGGACAGCCCCGGGACACCCUGGACAGCCCCGGGACAGCCUCGGGCCCAGCCCUGAGCCACAGGCUGCAUUAACGACCUGCGUGAUGGGGCCCGGAGCGCCCUGGGCACAUCACACCAAACUGGGAGCAGUGGCUGGUCGUCCAGAGGGUCCUGCUGCCGCCCGGAGUGACCCGGACCAGCCCGGGAUACGGGCUGAUAGGAAUCUCCCGGAGUGGAGGCUGAUGAGGCUCUACGCAGAUUGACCUGAGAAGCUGGAAGUUUUCAAGGCCGCGUUGGAGCCAGUCCAAGGGCUUGGAGCAACCUGCUCUAGUGGAAUGUGUCCUUGCAUGGUGGCAGGAGGUCGGAACGAGAUGCCUUAAAUCAUUUCCAACCCAAAUUAUUCCAGGAUUUAACAAGGAGACGCGUGUCGCCCGGCCCCCGCCGAGGAGCAACGCCAGGCACCGGGAUGCGCCGGAUGCCACCGAAUGUCCCCGGUGCUCGGUUUGCUGGUGUGGUCUCUCAUCGCUGCCACAACGUACCACCUGCACGCGGCCUACGGCUGGGUGAUGUUCGUGUCCCUCUUCUUCUGGAUACUAACGCUCCUUUUCUUGGUGAUUUACCUCCUGCAGCUUCAUCAGAAGUUCUACAUGGUCCCCUGGCCCCUCGUGCUGAUGAUCUGCAACGCCGUGGCCACCGUGCUGUACAUCACGGCCUUCGUGACGUGCGCGGCCGCCGUGCAGCCCACGUCCUGGCGGCAGUGGGACUACAACCGGCGAGCCGCCGCCUCCUUCUUCGCCUGUGUCACCAUGAUCACCUACGGGGUGAGCACCUUCUUCAGCUUCCGCGCCUGGAAGGGGCUGGGCAGCAACGCGGCCACCAGCCAAGUGAGCGACCACGCGUGAGGAGGAGUGGGCAGCAGAGCCGGGCCACCCCGGGGCCACCCUGUGCCAGGCUCGGAGCCUCGUGUGCCACCAGGGCCCGUUCUGGGAGCAGCCUGGGCUGGCAGCAGCGCUCAGCACUGGCUCACGUGGAAGCUGCCCUGUGGUUUCUGAGGAUGCUCCCAGCUGAUGUGCCCACAGCACAACACGGACUCGCUGGGGCUGCAGCUCCUGCUCAUCCCCGGGGCUCACCUGGAUCCUCACCAGAGCAGCUCCACUCAGGGGGCUCAGCCAAUCUGGCACAGUGCAAUACUAAAACUGACUAACCCAAGCCCAGGCUCCCCUCUCUGCUCAUUCACAGCUGCAGUAUAAGUAAUGCAAUUAACAGGGUGCAGAAACAGCGGCAGAGCUGGAAGAUGAGAAGUGAAGCAAGGGAAGCAGUCGUAACUGCUCUUCUAUUGAUUUCUAACAAUUUGAAUAGAGAUUUUAUGCUUUAAAUAAAAACAUUCCUGAAUCCA